AACCUGGUCGUGUGGACGUCGGAUUGCGUCUGGGGAGAGGGGGAGCUGCGGGCCGGUGCCGCUGCCAUGGCGGACGACUGGCUGACGUCGGCUGUAGACGGACUAAGUCUGGAAAACGGCUUGGACGCAGCCAGCGGCGGCGACAGUCCGUCGCUCAGCUCCAACAUCAGCCAACUGCUCAAGAGCACGCGCCGCGACCGGGCCGACCUGGAGGCGCGGCUGGCGCAGCUGCGCGGCUUCAUCCAGCAGACGGAUGAGGUGAUGCGUGGCAUACUGGAGUCGGGGGACCCCAGCCUGGCGGCCAAGUACAGCCACCUGGCCGGGACGCGGCGCAGCCUCGAGCAGAACGCCACCCAUCUUCAGGAGCUGCUGCACAAGGUGGCCGAGUCGGAGGGGCGCGCGCGCCAGCUGGCUGAGCGCGGCCGACAGCUGGAGGCGGAUGAGGCAGCCGCAACGCCCGAGCCGCCCGCCGAGCGGCCCGACCACGAGCAGAAGGUGGCCGUGGUGCGCGGCCGGCCCGGUCCCGGCGCCGCGCGCAAGCGAGACGCCGGCGAUCCGGCCGGCGCCGACACGCUGCGCGCGGCGGUCAUGCACAACUGGGGUAGUCUAGAGCGGACGGGCGCGGCACGCGUACGGUCCGUCUCGCAGGAGGAGGCCGACGAGCCGGAACCGACUGACGUGGCGCCCAUGGACCGGCUG